CUUUCUCUCUUCCCUCUCUUUCUCUCCUCCCUCUCUGUAGUCCAGGCCGCCGGUGCCAGGAGUGGCUCGACCAGAGAGGCUGGGAGCCACAGAAGGAGCAGGACCUCCAGAGUUCCUUAAAAAGCCUCCCCCUCAAAGACGCUUCACCACAGGGGAGAAACAGAACAGCAGAACACACAAAAAGAGGUCCUGGACAUCCUGGGAAAUUAAUUUUCUGUCAAAACAGAAGAAAAAGAGCAGAAGCUCUCAGACGUUAUCGUUACUCGCAUAACAGAGUGGCUGAGGAGGACCAAUGGACUUCCGAGCGGCCCUCAAGCCCCGAUCGGGGCCUAAAAUGGGGUCAGAAAUCAAGACAAGCACCCCAACCAAAGUGGACUUCAGGUCUGUACUGGGAAAAAAGGAAGGAGGCUCACCCAAACCAGCUCAGCCCGAGCCGGCCCCCAGCAGUUCACCUGCAGAUUUUAGGUCCCUCCUCAACAAGAAGAAGACCGCUGAACCUGAAAAGGCGCAACCGCAAAAGAGUGCAAAAGAGCCGGUAGCUCCUGCUCCAGCGACGGGAACCAAACAGGACAAACAGAGCAUCAAUGGCGUGAAUGGAGCAGUGGACAACAAACCACAAAACCAGCCAAAGACCAGCAUAGUGGAGAAAGCAGGAACAGAGAAAAAGAAAGAUGUUGACACUCCAGAAAAGAAAAGCAUCCCAGCAGAGAAGCCAAGCCCGGAGAAGAAGAGCGAUAGCGGGCAGGCCGAACCAAAGUCGCAUCCAAACAAAAUCACGGAUGGAAGUAUCAAUCAGAAGAAGGAUACCAGUGCGGAUGGAAGUUCAGCAGAAAAGAGGAGCGUGCCCAACUCUGUGGACAGCAGAGACGGAGGAAAGAAAGGCUCUGGCAAAGAGCCCUCGUUCACACAGACUCUGAGUGAUGUCACCGUUCUGGAUGGAGAGAGACUGAGGUUAGAGUGCACAGUCACCUCUGACCCCCCGGCUGUCAUCACCUGGUCACUGGAAGGGAAAGUGGUGAAGCCGUCAAAAUUCAUUGUCUUAUCUCAGGAAGGGGGAAAAUGUUCACUCACCAUAGACAAGGCUCUCCCAGAAGACGAAGGACGCUACACAUGCAAGGCAGAGAACUCGGAUGGAAAAGCUGAAUGCUCGUGUAUGGUCCAAGUGGACGAUCCCUCAGAUCCAUCCGCAGAAAAAAAGAACAGGAAAAGCUCAUCUUCAGCAACUACAACAGAGAAUGAAGCCAGAAUAAAGAAAAAGCCAGCGCCAAAAUCUCCCACCAAACAGGGUUCUCCUCCCCAGGUUCUGCAGUUCCCUGGAGACCUGAAGAUCCGAGCAGGAGAGAAGGUGGAGCUGCUGUGUAACUUCGGAGGCACUGCACCCAUUACCUGCACCUGGCUCAAGUUCAAAAAGCCGAUCCAGGCAGGAAGUGGAGGCGUUACCAUAGAAACCAAGGAGAACAGCAGUCAGCUGACGAUCGCAGCCAGUGAUCAGGAUCACUGUGGCUGCUACACGCUGGAUCUGCAGAACAAAUAUGGCAGCAAGCAGACCUCUCUCAAUCUCACUGUAGUAGAUAAGCCUGAUCCUCCGGCUGGGGUCCCGGCCGCUUCAGACAUCCGCAAGUCCUCGCUCACCCUCUCCUGGUAUGGACCUACGUAUGAUGGCGGCAGCAUCGUCCAGUCGUACAACCUGGAGAUCUGGAACUCGGUGGACGAUAAGUGGACGGCGCUCACUUCCUGUAACAGCACCUCCUACCACAUCCAGGAGCUGCUCUCCGACCGACAGUACAAGUUCCGCGUACGAGCUGUUAACAUGUACGGCAUUGGAGAACCGAGUGCUGAGUCAGAACCUGUCACUGUGGGCGUACAGGUAGAACCAGAGAAAAAAGAAGAGGAAACAGAGGCGGCUGUGUCUGAUGACGAUUCGGAGAAAGAACCAGAAUACAGGGAUGUGGUUAUAAAGAAAGACUGCAGUGUAAAGGAUUUCUACAGUGUGGAGGAUCGCUUGGGCACGGGUAAAUUUGGCCAGGUCUUUAAACUGGUGGAGAAAUCUACAAAGAAGAUGUGGGCUGGGAAGUUCAUCAAGGCUUUCUCACAGAAGGAGAAGGAGAACGUGCGGCAGGAGAUCAGCAUCAUGAACAGCCUCCACCACCCCAAGCUGGUGCAGUGUGUGGAUGCCUUCGAGGGCAAGUCCGACAUUGUGAUGGUGAUGGAAAUGAUCUCUGGCGGUGAGCUGUUUGAGCGAAUCGUAGACGAGGACUUUGAGCUGACCGAGCGCGAGGUCAUUAAGUACAUGCUCCAGAUCAUCGAUGGUGUCCAGUUCAUCCACAAACAGGGUAUCGUGCACCUGGAUCUCAAGCCAGAAAACAUCAUGUGCGUUAACAAGACUGGCAGCAAGAUUAAACUCAUUGACUUCGGUCUCGCGAGGAGGCUAGAGAACUCUGGUUCCCUCAAAGUUCUGUUUGGAACACCUGAGUUUGUGGCCCCGGAGGUGAUCAACUAUGAGGAAAUUAGUUAUCCAACAGAUAUGUGGAGCAUCGGCGUCAUCUGUUACAUCCUGGUCAGUGGUCUCUCUCCAUUCAUGGGGGACAAUGAUAAUGAAACCCUUGCUAAUGUUACAUCUGCAACCUGGGACUUUGAGGACGAGGCUUUUGAUGAGAUCUCAGAGCAGGCCAAGAAUUUCAUCAGUAGUCUACUCAAGAAAGAUAUGAAGGCCAGGCUGACCUGUGCCCAGUGCCUGGAGCACACCUGGCUUAAACAGGACACUAAGAACAUGGAGGCUAAGCAGCUGUCCAAGGAGCGCAUGAAGAAGUACAUACUGAGACGCCGAUGGCAGAAAACAGGAAACGCAGUGCGAGCCAUUUCCAGAUUCAGCUCCAUGGGAAUGCUAGCCGGGAUUGGCCCAAAGAAAAGCCCAACAGAAGAUAAUAAACCAGAGAACCCCCCUGCUCCAGUCCUGGAGAGUGCUGAAGACGAGAACCAUACCCCCGCAGCUCCAACCUUCUCCAUGGUCAUCCAGGAUGUGGAGGUGGUGGAGGGCAGCGCUGCUCGCUUCGACUGCAAGAUCGAGGGGUACCCAGAUCCUGAGGUGGUGUGGUACAAGGACGACCAGCCCAUCAAAGAGACACGCCACUUUCAGAUCGACUAUGAGGAGGACGGCCACUGCAGCCUGGUGAUCUCUGAGGUGUGUCCCGACGACGACGCCAAGUACACCUGCAAGGCAGUCAACGGCUUAGGAGAGGCAUCCUGCACCGCUGAACUGAUGGUGGAGUUCAUGCAGGAGGAGGAAGGAGAGGGUGAGGAAGAGGAGGAGGAAGAAGAGGAAGAAGAAGAGGAGUGAAUAACGGAAAAAACGAGGACAAGAUCAGAAGAAAGGAUGAAUGAAGGAAGGAAUGGACGAGUGGAUACUGUGGGAGGCUCAGAAUCUUCUUAAAGCUUACGCUCUUUCGCUGCUGCUUUCGUUACAGAAGCAGCCUGUACGUUUUUCACUGAUCUAAAUAUUUAUUCACUUCUGUCUUUACAGUGCAAGUGCUGAAAGAGGAAAAAACUGUUUGUAUGAAAUGGAUGUUCAUCAAGAUCAAAGACAUUCCAGGGUAUGCUCGAUUCCUGAGAACCAUCAACAGCAGAACUCCAGCUUUUCCAAAAAUGGACUGCUCACUUGAACUGCAUGUCUGUCGGACGACCCCUUUGGUCCUUUGGCUUCUACAUCUGGACUUUUGACGGUUUCCUGGGUUCAUUUUUCUGUGGCCUGCUUUUGGGGCAGACAAUGCUAUGUUAAAUGCGUAGACACAAAAUGAAUUAUAUAAUUUUAUUUUCGCCACACUUAUCUUUACUUUAAAACACCAGGAUCAUCUUUCAUAAGGGGCUGAUAAUGACCACAUUGACAUUAACCACAUUACAUGACAACAGCUAGCAGUUAGUUAUUAGCCUAGCAUUUACUCUGAAUUGCUUGACAUGUUUCUGCCUCCUCUCGCGCUGCCUUUGGUAUUCCCUUAUUUAGCUAUCAGGCUAACGGCCAUAGCUAACCUAGCACACAGCUCCUCACGCAGUCAGACUGAGAGAAGGGAUUGUAGGUGAUUUCUCAGGCCCCUCACCAUUACACAGCUCUCAAGAGGGCUGUCCUCCUGCCUGCUUUACCAGAGUUACAUAGUGCAGUUAGUAGCAACAUUAUUAUAUAAAGGUGCUUUAAGUUUUGGUCAGGGAAGAGUUUUAUUUUUGCAAUUUUUGUAAAAAAGAAUUCUAAUAAUUUUGGGAACAUAAAUGUAACACACAAAUGUAAAUAUGAAAUACUACAAGCGAUGGAGGCAACACAACGGCCAGAAGUCAUUCGUUUUCAGUUAUUAAAGUGACACCAGUAGUCAGCAAAAAAAUCUCUCUCGUACCCAAAAAACAUGGAGAACUUUUUUUUAUUGUUCAAAACAGUAUUUAAAUCUGUAUUUUUAAAGGAAAAUUUCCCAUCAAGAUAAAAAAGCAUAUUCUGAAUAAGUUAACAUGUAGCUAUGAUGAGUUGUGAACCUUAAAUUAAUACAUAAAGCCAUAUAUAUUGUUUUUACUGGUUUGCUCUACGAAACAGUUUAGCAUACAACCUGCCUACUAGUCUAUCGUCUGCUGCACGGGUGACGGAGAGCGAUUUUAUCGUGGUGUGCACGUAGGGCUAAGAGCAUACUUUUCAGCCUUGUUGACAUGGUUUGUAAAUACAUGUCAGUGUUUGCUUAUUUAACACGUUUAUUUAUUUCACACAAACACAGGUUUUCAUUCCAGGUCUAGAAUGGAAAAAAACAUGUUGUUUUCUGCCCCAAAGGCAUGCUGUCCAUGCCAUCAUCACUUAUUUUAUGAGACGGGUCACAGUGCUUGGACUACUCUUAAUUGUCUGUCAUCUUUUUUUUUUUUACACUUUGUUAAAGGUUUCCAGUAGUACAACACAUUUUGUUUUCAAGGAAGGCAUACAGAUAUCAUAUAAAAUAAAUAAACAAAGUCUGUUCCAAAGCAUUGAAAAAAAAACAGUAAGGUAGAAAAAUAAAAAGUUAAAUAAAAUCAUUGGCAGAUGAAAGUGUAGGUAGAAUUUUCAAAUAAAUGUGCAAAACAAUGCAUAUACAAGAUCUACACACAAAAACAAUUGAACAUUGAGUCAUCUGACGCUGGAGCUGCAUCACUUGAGUGAAUGAAGAACUUUCCUAAAAGUACCAAUAACCUUAUAGCAUCAUCUGACUGUCUACAAUGUGUUCUUUUUUUAUUUUGGUGCACGUCUCACUGUUUCUACUCUGCACUGUAGCGCACUCUAGUGGUGCAACACUUUAUUAUGCUUUUAAACACUUUAAACAUAGUUUAGCAUGAGUUAGAUUAUUAGCCUUUUGGCCUGUGGCUUAAAGGCAACAGACACACUGGUGGAGACCUUACUGUAUAAAAACUUUUUUUUUUAUUAUUAGAUUUUUUUGACACCAGAUUUUAUUAUUUUUUUUACCUGAGAAUCGGUUUGGCAAUGAGUGGGAUUUUUAGUAUUUGUCUAAAUGAGUGAAUGUUAGUUACAUUUAUCUGAUGAUCCCCGUCUUCUAAAAUGCGUUCAGAGUAAAAAUCCAUGCAGCACACUUCAGCUGACUGGCCCAGGUUUGUCUGCACUAUUUCUGUUCAAAGCUUUGUUUGCCCUAUUUUAGUUGACUUGCAUGACAAAGCAGACUGGCAUAUCGAGGUAAAACUCGGUGUAGAAGGUCCCACUGCAGUCCUCAUCUUUUAUUUAUGUCUUUGUACAGGCUUCUGCCGCCAUGCUGCGUGUCUCUGAGUAGUCUCUGACAAUGAAUUAGUUAUAGCUGUAGAACUCAAACUUCAGUUUGGUGAGUUUUUUCCACUUUGCAUAUUAAGACAGUAGUCCCUCACACUUCGGAUCGUACUCCACAUGCAGACAGACGCAGAAGUCUGGUUUGUGCAUGAGACAUUUACGCAAGCUUCAUUGAGACGAAAUGAAAAAUCAUGUCUAAUGAACCAUUACAUGUUGUACUAGAUUUUACACUUUAUCACCAGUUUACAGUGGCCGCAUCAAUAAAAGUGAUUUCCUCUCUCAA